CCGGCGGCGGUCGGAGCCCGCGCGGCGGCAACCAUGAACUUCUCGGAGGUGUUCAAGCUCUCCAGCCUGCUGUGCAGGUUCUCCCCGAACGGCAAGUACCUGGCUUCCUGUGUCCAAUACCGGUUAGUGGUCCGGGAGGUGAGCACUCUUCAGAUCCUGCAGCUGUACACCUGCUUGGACCAGGUUCAGCACAUAGAGUGGUCAGCAGACUCCCUCUUCAUCUUGUGUGCCAUGUACAAGCGUGGAGUCGUCCAGGUGUGGUCUCUGGAGCAGCCGGAAUGGCACUGCAAAAUUGACGAGGGCUCCGCAGGACUUGUGGCUUCCUGUUGGAGCCCAGACGGACGCCACAUUCUGAAUACAACCGAGUUCCACCUGCGGAUCACGGUCUGGUCCCUGUGCACCAAGUCUGUGUCGUACAUCAAGUACCCCAAAGCUUGUCAGCAGGGAAUAAGUUUUACCAGGGAUGGCCGGUACCUGGCGCUGGCCGAGCGGCGAGACUGCAGGGACUAUGUGAGCGUGUUUGUAUGCAAUGACUGGCAGCUCCUCCGGCACUUCAACACCGACACCCAGGAUCUCGUGGGGAUCGAGUGGGCGCCGAACGGCUGUGUGCUGGCGGUGUGGGACUCCUGCCUGGAGUACAAGGUUCUGUUGUACUCCUUGGACGGCCGGCUGCUGUCUUCAUACUGUGCCUACGAAUGGUCCCUGGGCAUCAAGUCUGUGGCCUGGAGCCCCAGCAGCCAAUUCCUGGCAGUGGGCAGCUACGAUGGGAAGGUGCGCCUCCUUAAUCAUGUCACGUGGAAGGUGAUCACUGAGUUUGCCCAUCCUGCUGCCCUCAGCGACCCCAAGAUAGUUGUGUAUAAGGAAGCCAAGAAGAGCCCACAGCCAGGGCUGGACCACUUGGCCUUCCCACCGUCCCUCCCAGUGGCCAAUCACCUGUCAGCUGCAGAGAGCAAGUAUGAGAUUGCUUCGAUGCCAGUGUCCUUGCAGACCCUUAAGCCCGUGGCCGACAGGGCCAACCCCAGGAUGGGCGUAGGGAUGCUGGCUUUCAGCCCUGACAGCUGCUUCCUGGCAACGAGGAAUGACAACAUCCCCAACGCCGUCUGGGUGUGGGACAUCCGGAAGCUGAGGUUGUUCGUGGUGCUGGAGCAGCUGUCCCCUGUGCGUGCCUUCCGGUGGGACCCGCAGCAGCCACGACUGGCCAUCUGCACGGGGGGCAGCAAGGUGUACCUGUGGUCCCCUGCGGGCUGCCUGUCAGUGCAGGUGCCCGGGGAAGGUGACUUUCCAGUGCUCUCCCUGUGCUGGCAUUUAAGUGGGGACUCCUUGGCCCUCCUCAGUAAGGACCACUUCUGCCUGUGUUUCCUGGAGACCAAGGAGGGGGUCAGCCCAGCCCUAGGACAAAGGGAUGGCCACGCAUAGGACCUGGGCAGACCCCAGGCAGAGCUUGUACACAACCUUGCACGAGGGCAGGCUGGGGAGCCCUCCAGCCAGACUCCGGGCUGCUGAUGUGACUCUAUUUUUCUGUAGCAAGAUUUCUGUAAAUAUGUAUAGUAUACCGCUGUAAUUUUCAUUAUUUAAAAUAAACACUUUUCAGU